AUGAGAAGCAAAGCAAUCAAGGUGAGCAAACUCAUGCAAAUUACACGAGCACCCAUUAGAGUUCUGUGCAAGGCAAGAGAUUUGUACGUGAAGAGCAUGUUGAACUUUGCUGGUAGCGGUAGAGUUGGCUAUGGAAGCAUAGGUGGUGGGACUGCUCAAUUGCCUAAGAGUUUUAGUGUGAAUUCUUCAAGGGCAGUAGUGGACGACAAGGAGUUCAAGAAACUUCUACGGUUGGUAUCAACCAAGGGAAUAAGCGAUGUGGAGACGCAUCUCCGGUGCAGUGGCGGUGAUCGGAGACCAUAUGGCAUAGAGAGUAGUGGGAUGAGAAGGAGUUACAGCGUUGGAGUGGGAAAGAUAGGGAGGAUUGAUGAGGAUAGAGCUUGUUCAUUUAGAGAAGAAGAUGAUGAUGAAUGA